GUUUCGAAUAUUUCACGACGCAUAGCCUUGGCCUGGUUUUCAUCACAAUCUGAAUCGUACCCAGUUGAUGUCUAUUAAAACCGCGGAAUCGUAUAUUGUAGGACGCAAGGUUAGGGUCGUAGUUACGCAUAGUAGGAAUGCUUUUGGAGCCAGGUUGUUUUCGAUGAAUCAACUUACGUGGAUUAGUCAUCUCGAUCUUUUCGCCGAUCUACCCAAAUCUACCCUUCACAAGAGGAAAAGGGGUUAUAUACGUAUUCUUUAGAUAAUUAAAAUAAAUAUGCAUGUGUCAUGUACGAGUUGGAUUUCCAUAUGAGAUUGUCGAGGUUAGAGGUUCGUAUUGUUUCAGAAUGUCAGGAAAAACGGCAAUACUUGGUGGAGGUGUAUCCGGCCUUUCUGCGGCAUACUAUCUACUUGAAAAUUCAAAAUUGCGUAAUAUCACCUUAAUCGAAGCAUCUGAAAGGACUGGUGGAUGGCUGCGUUCCAAGGUAUCGUCCAAUGGUAUUAUUUUCGAAGAAGGGCCACGAACGGUCAGACCCCAAGGCCCAGCUGGAUCAAACACCUUGCAUCUCAUCGAUCGCCUCAAAUUGACAGAAAAGAUAAUCCCGAUCAGUUUGAGUCAUCCCGCAGCUAAAAACCGAAUGAUUUAUGCAGAAAACAAGUUACACAAGUUACCAAACUCAUUGCUUGGUAUGUUUAGGACAAACUCUCCAUUUGACCGUCCGUUGAUUGGUUGCUUGAUGAAUGAUUUGAGGGCACCAAAACUGAUCAAGGACGAUGAAACCAUCUACAGCUUUGUUGAGAGGCGAUUGGGAAAAGAUGUCGCUGAUUAUUUGAUAAGUCCAAUGAUUUGUGGUAUUUGUGCCGGGGAUGCCAGACAGAUCAGUGUCAAGUUUUUGAUGACAGCACUUUUUGAGCAUGAACAAAACCAUGGGUCUAUUGUGAAAGGUUUCAUGGCAAGCCGUCUUCAGAGUUUUCUGAGCUUUUCUCAGAAGACGGUGAAAAAUUCUUUUAUCUUUAGCCGAGAACAUUCUGAUAGUAGAUUCAGCUCACAUCGAUUAGCUGGAAAAGAAAAGUGGUCAAUGUGGACCUUACGGGGUGGACUUGAGCAAUUGUCAAUAGCGCUUGCCAAUGAUAUAAAGUCAAGAGGAGUUGUUAUAGGCCUAAAUAUAAGAUGUCAAGGAAUAACUUUUGCAGACGGCGGGGUCGAAUUAGAACUAAAUGGGAAAAAAUAUAAAUUUGCAAGAGUCAUAUCGAGUUUGUCCGCCAAGCAUUUGGCUGACUUGGUACAACGCCAACAUCCCAAAUUAGCGGCGGAAUUACUCGCCAUACCCUAUGUCACCGUAGCUGUAAUCAAUUUGGUGUUUGCCGGGAAUGUCUUGGAACAAGAGGCAUUUGGAUUCUUAGUAGCGCCUAAAGAGCAAUCGCCUAUUUUAGGGGUGAUUUAUGAUUCAUGUAUUCUGCCUCGGAAGGAUACCACGGUUCUUACCGUAAUGAUGGGUGGAGCUUGGUUCACGUCCAAUUUUGGUGAUCAUCCAACCAAAGAGCAUUUGUUGUCUGUGGCAAUUCAACAUACCAAGAAAAUUCUGAACAUUGAAGCAGGACCACUUUCUUACAACGUCGCCAUCCUGAAGGACUGUAUCCCACAAUAUGUAGUGGGUCAUCAGGAUCGAAUCAAACGUAUCGAAGACUAUGUAGGUAAACACAAACUUCCUCUGUCACUUUGCGGCUCUGCCUACAAGGGCGUUGGAUUGAAUGAUGUGAUUUUAUCUGGUCAGCAGGCAGCUUCUGCGUUUUAUCAAUAAUAUCCGAACAAUAAAAUGAAUAAGCAAUGUACUUGAAA